AUGUCUCAAUACAACCUUGGCGGUGUUGCGUUCCCAGAAGGGCACACCAUGAGCGAGCCUACUGAACUCUGGAGGAGCCAGGCCACUUCCACGUCAUCCGAAGCAGGACCAGCUGCACCUGCAGAAGAACCACAUACGAGCAGCACACCCAAGGCAUCGGGAGUAGUCAGAAACCCAUCGCCCACCACCCUGCUAGAAUUCACCACACCUCAGACUUGGGAAUGGCAAGGGAUCUCUUAUGACACGAUUGAGGACGCCACCAAUGCCGCCGCACCCACCACUGUUCCAAACGAUGUCAAGGAAUGGGUAAUGAAUGUGGUGCGAGCGUUCAUCAUGAGGGAUGUUGUGAGCUCCUAUGAAGCACUACAUCAAAAGAUGGAUGAACGUCAUGAGCGCACGGUAGCCUCAUUGGAAGAAGAGAUACUGGCUUGCAUUCACGUCGAAAUAAUGGCAGUGGAAACACGAGACCAGCUAAAAGUUGCAAGAGCCCAGAUCGGCACCCUCUCCACUGAUAAUGAACGGCUCAUCAAGUCGAACAACAGUCUGAUGGCCGAAGCCCAAGCAAUCUGCAAGGACUUCGAAGAUUACAAGGACGAAAAAAAGACCACGACCUAUAUCGUUGGGCUGGAAUCUCAGCUCAACAAUGCUAUAAUCAAUGCGCCCCUCACAGGUAUCCAACAACCAGCCGGCCAAUCCAGUCAAUCGCCCCACCGAAUCAAGCUUCCAGACCCUCCCAAGUAUUCGGGAAGGAAAUCAUCGAAAAACUUCGAGACCUGGUUCACCAACCUUCUCAUAUGGCUCGAUUACAAUCACUUCACAGAUGACAAAGACAAGAUUUGGCAGGCCAACGUGCAUCUGGAAGGAGGAGCUGCUCUGUACAUGAAGGAGUAUGCAAUCAAGCUCGCCUCCAGACAAAAUGUUGACACAUGGGCAGAAUACACCUGA